AUGGAGAAGCAAUUUGCCCUUGCGCAAGUUAUCUUCUUCUCAUGUUUCAUUAUCGUUUAUUGUCAAGCUGCCAUUGAUGAAAACUAUGGCAUUUCUUCUCUCAACAGAAGCAGCUUUCCUCAUGGCUUUAUUUUUGGAGCAGCAUCUUCUUCUUAUCAGUAUGAAGGAGCAGCAAAUGAAGGAGGCAGAAAACCAAGUUUGUGGGAUACAUAUACUCACAAACAUCCAGAAAGAAUAGAUGACCACAGUACCGGAGAUGUUGCAAUCGAUUCUUAUCACAAAUAUAAAAUUGAUGUCCAAUAUUUGAAAGACAUGAACAUGGAUGCUUACAGAAUUUCAAUUGCAUGGCCUAGAAUAAUCCCAACCGGAAAGCUAAAGGAUGGUGUAAACAAAGAAGGCAUCCAAUAUUAUAACGAUCUAAUAAACGAGUUGCUGGCUCAAGGUAAAAUCCCGUUCGUGACUAUCUUCCAUUGGGAUAUUCCUCAACCCUUAGAAGAUGAGUAUAGCGGUUUCUUGAGUCCUCUCGUUGUGCGAGAUUUUGUAGACUACGUAGACAUUUGUUUUAAGGAAUUUGGAGAUCGAGUGAAGCAUUGGAUUACACUAAACGAGGCAUGGACAUUUGCUGUGAACGGUUACGCAGCUGGAAUUCUAGCUCCGGGUCGUUGCUCUCCUUUUGUCUCAAAUUGUACAGGUGGAAAUUCUGCAACAGAACCUUAUAUGGUGAUGCACAACCAACUUCUCGCCCAUGGGGCGGCGGUGAAACUUUACCGCGAUAAAUAUCAAGAAUACCAAAAGGGUACCAUUGGAAUUACAAAUGUAUGUCAUUGGUUCGAGCCACUCACCAAAUCAAAGCGAGAUCUUGAAGCCUCUGAGGUAGCUCUUGACUUCAUGUGUGGAUGGGUUAUGGAUCCAUUGGUUAAUGGUGAUUAUCCGAAAUCCAUGCGUCGUCUCGUUGGCUCAAGACUGCCCAGAUUCACUAAAGUACAAUCUGAUCUAGUGAAAGGAUCAUUCAAUUUUAUAGGACUCAAUUAUUACACAGCAAAUUAUGCAACUUUUUCAUCAAAGGUUAACAAUAAUGGUCUUCUAAGUUAUACAACAGAUGCUAGAGUGAAUCAAACUUCCCAACGCAAUGGAAUAGAUAUUGGUGCAAAGACUGCUUCAGUAUGGCUCUAUGUUUAUCCAAAAGGAAUUCGGAAUAUUCUCCUCUACAUAAAAAAUAAAUAUAACAACCCACUUAUAUAUAUCACUGAAAAUGAGUUUUUGCGACCAAAACGAGCUGUUUUUACAGGAGUUGAUGAAUUCAACAAUGCGACAAUACCACUUAAGGAAGCCUUGCAAGAUGAACACAGGAUUACAUUCUACAAUAGCCAUUUCUUUUACCUCAAACAAGCAAUUGAAAAAGGUUCAAAUGUGAAAGGUUAUUUUGCGUGGUCUCUAAUGGACAAUUUUGAAUGGAACUCGGGAUAUACAGUUCGCUUUGGGGCAAGAAGGACUUUGUUCUCCAUUUCUCAUCUUCUUGUUUCCGAUGAUUCUCUAUACAUGAUUCAAGUCACUUAUAGGAAUUUCAAGUAUCUUCGUGAUAUCUUUUGGUUAUUAGGUGGCUACUCCGACCUACAGAGCUUUGAAAAGAAGAAGUUCAGCAAUAUCUCCAAUAGAGCUCUAGCUGCUAGAAAAGAACUGGAAGAAGUUCAAAAAAGGUUAUUAAGGGAUGAUAAUGAUGAACAACUCAAUGAAAUAGAAAGGGAUGCGCUUGAAAAUUUCUGGAAGCUGAGUCUUCUUGAAGAGAAUUUUAUUCGACAGAAAUCAAGAUAA